CUAUAGGAUAUCAGACCCAAAAGAAAGGGGAUGUGCUGCUUUCCCUUUUCUUCUUUGUAGCUCCACUCAAUUCUCUGUUAUGAGAAAUCCUACCAUGUCCACCAUCGUCAUCCCUCAUUUUCUCAUCUUCCUGCUUCUCCUUCCUUUCGUAUCUCCAGCACCUAGAAUCUCUCUGACAAGCCAUUCUUUCCUUUCUGUGGGGGAUGACUCAGACAUCCUCAUCUCACAAGGCAAGUCAUUCGCAUGUGGCUUCAACAAAGUUGGUACGAAUGCCUUCACCUUCUCUAUCUGGUUCUUAAACUCCAAGAACAAGACUGUCGUAUGGACAGCGAAUCGUGACCACCCUGUGAAUGGUCAUGGGUCCAGAGUUACGAUGCGCAAGGAUGGGAACUUGGUUCUAACCGACUACGAUGACACCGUCUUUUGGAGCACCAACACCAGCUCAACUCGAUCUGAAGCGCAGCUUCUCGAUACUGGGAAUCUUGUUGUAAAGGAUAAAGAUGGUGAAGUUCUAUGGCAAAGCUUUGAUUAUCCUACUGAUACUCUUCUCCCUAACCAGGUACUCAAUAGAACUUCCAGGCUGGUAUCUGCUGCCGCCAAGGGAUUGCUAGCUUCAGGCCCCUAUAAGUCUUAUUUUGAUAGCAACAAUGUUUUGAUACUCAUAUAUGAUACACCUGAAUUUGCUAGCAUCUACUGGCCUGAUCCUGGUCAUAUAGUGUGGGAGAACGGCAGAUCAAGCUAUAACAGUAGCAGAUAUGCAGUCCUUGAUGACCUGGGGAAGUUCGUGUCGAGUGAUAACUUGACAAUCAGAGCUUCUGACUUGGGUCCGGGGAUUAGGAGGAGGCUGACUCUGGAUUAUGAUGGAAAUCUUAGGCUGUACAGCUUGAAUGAGUGGACCGAGGAGUGGUCGAUUUCAUGGGUUGCUCUUUCAUCGAUUUGUCUGGUACAUUCGUUGUGUGGUAGGAAUGGAAUCUGUGUCUACACGCCGACACCUCACUGUACUUGUCCUCCUGGUUUUGAAAUGAAUGACACGAGUGAUUGGAGCAAAGGUUGCAAGCGCAAAUACAACAUCGACUGCGACAAAUCUCAUCAGGUUGAAUUUUUCGGGCUCCCUGAAACAGAUUUCUGGGGGUCUGAUUUCAAUUACACUCCUUCCCUGUCAUUCAGGGCUUGCAUGAAGAUUUGCGAAGUGGACUGUUCAUGCGAAGCGUUUGGAUAUAAGAAGGGAACUGGGAAAUGUUAUCCAAAAACUGCCCUCCAUAAUGGAAAAAGUCAUCCAGGCGUUGAUAACAACAUAUUCUUAAAAUUUCCCAGAUACGUAAACACCUCAAACUUCACUUCUCGUCUUCAAGGGCUGGAGCACAUUUGCAAUGUCACGGAAGAAUCCACUCCGUCAUCACCUUUGCACCGAAAGAGCAUCGGGAAAAAAAAUUGGGCCUACUUCUAUGGGUUUAUAUCAGCAUUUUUUGUAAUAGAACUCCUUUUUGUUUCAUUUGGUUGGUGGUUUAUUUUCAGGAGGGAGAAGCACUCAAGCCCAAUGGAAGAAGGAUACAAGGCGAUGUCUUCUCAAUUUCGAAGAUUCACUUAUAAAGAGCUCAAAAGGGCUACUCGAAACUUCAAGGAAGAGCUCGGGAUGGGAGGUUCAGGAGUCGUGUACAAGGGAGUCUUGGAUGAUGAGAGGGUUGUGGCCAUCAAGAAGUUGGAAGACGUGAUCCAAGGAGAAGAGGAAUUCCGCGCCGAACUGAGCCUCAUAGGGAGAAUAUAUCACAUGAAUUUAGUGAGAAUGUGGGGAUUUUGUUUAGAACGCUCCCGCAGGCUGUUGGUUUCCGAGUUCGUGGAGAAUGGUUCAUUGGACAAGGUCUUAUUUAAUGGUGAUGGCACAGCUAGCUUUCUAAGAUGGAGGGACAGGUUUAAAAUUGCGUUAGGGGUGGCUAAGGGAUUGGCCUAUCUUCAUCACGAGUGUCUUGAGUGGGUCAUCCACUGUGAUGUAAAGCCCGAGAAUAUAUUGUUAGGUCAAGAUUUUGAGCCCAAGAUUGCAGACUUUGGACUGGCCAAAUUGUUAAAUAGAGGUGGAUCUGGACAGAGCUUAUCACGCAUCCAAGGGACGAGGGGCUACCUUGCUCCAGAAUGGGCUUCGAGUCUUCCAAUCACCGGGAAGGUUGAUGUCUAUAGCUACGGAGUAGUGCUUCUAGAAUUGGUGAAGGGGGUCAGAGUUUCAGGCUGGAAAAUAGGUCGAGAGGAGGAGGUAGAGAUGGUACUGAGGGGGUCACUUAAAUUGCUCAAAGAGAACUUGGAGAGUGGAGAAGAGUCAUGGAUUGAAGACUUUGUUGACUCCAGAUUGGAUGGACAGUUCAACAUCAAGCAAGCACUGAUGAUGGUGGAGACAGCAGUCUGCUGCCUAGAAGAAGAGAGAAGCAAAAGGCCAUCCAUGGAAUCUGUUGUCCAAAUGCUUCUUUUAUCUGAUGACGAGCUCCACUCCCAUGCACCAUCUUUCGAGGAAGUUGGGCAUGAAGUAGUUAAUGUGUAGUCAUUAUAUCAAAUAAUGUGUUCGAGUCCUUUUUUUUCUUUUUUUUUGAAAAGCAGUAAUGUGUCUUAGUCGAAAUAAGUAUGUACAUAUUCCAUGCAGGAAGAUGAGCUUGUAUCCAACGUUGGUCCCCCUGCUUGUAAACUCGUCUGAAUACUUGUGUCUAAACUUUCUGUAAGUUAAGAAGGAAUAAAUGAAGCUAGUAGUAGUAACUAUCUUGUAAUUAUUUACCA